ACUACGUCAAUUCUGAUUUAUUAUAGUGUAGUAGAAUAAAAUUGACGUAUUGACUAUUAUACGUAUGAAUAUUUAUCAGACAUAUUCCUUAUAGUCUUCGCACUUAUGAACUGUAUGAUAAUUAUACUGUUUAUAAAGGCGAGAACCAUAAGGAGUAAGUCUUUUGGCUACUGCUGGCUACCAUCCUACGUCACCGUUUGUUGACGUGUGGUUUAAGCAGGGAGGCUACUGUCUUGGUCGGCAACUUACAAACCCAUAUCCAAAAGAAAAUUGGAGAAGUGGAGGCACUCACGAGGUCUCCAAUAAACGUUUAGGUUCCAACAAUGGCGGCAGACUGGGAAGAAAUUCGACGUCUGGCGGCAGACUUUCAGAGAGCGCAGUUUGCUGACACAGUGCAAAGGCUGUCGGAGAGGAACUGCAUUGAAAUCAUUGCGAAACUGGUUCAGGAAAAGAAGCUCGAAGUUCUGCACACUCUAGACGGGAAGGAGUACAUCACCCCAGCACAGAUCAGCAGGGAGAUCCGAGAUGAGCUCUACGUGCACGGAGGUCGGAUCAACAUUGUUGACCUGCAGCAGGGUUUCCAGGGCAAAAAUGGUCCUCACGGGCCCCCAGGUGUCGUUGGACCUCAGGGUAAAUCUGGAGAGACAGGGCCAACUGGAGACAGAGGCCAUCCAGGUUCACCGGGACCACCCGGUGAGCACGGUUUACCAGGAUCGGCUGGAAAGGAGGGCGCCAAGGGAGAUCCAGGUCCACCAGGUGCCCUAGGGAAAACUGGUCCCCCCGGACACCAAGGCUUCAGAGGGAGCAGAGGGAACCCUGAGUAUGAUGCGUUGGUGAGGUUGGGAAUCCCAGAUCCGUCUAACUACAUCAAAAAGCGUUUCAAGUCCAACAAGCUGCUGUUCCUCAGAGGGGCCUGCGUGGGUCAGUCUCUGGUUGACCAGGUGGAGGCCUCGUUGGAGGAAGCCGUCAACUCAGCCACCUGGAUCGACAUGCAGGUGCUCACAUGUUACAGUAGAGUACAGUUUGUUAACCCAUUGUCAACAAAACGAAUGAACGUCGACAAUUAUUUAUUGCGCUUUUUUUGUUUCGUUUAUGUAGACGAAACCCAGGUGAACAUUGCCAAGCACGUAUUGAAGAGCCUGUGCACAGAUGUGACCAACAUCCUGGUGAACUCUCUGGCUGCUGACCUGAUGAUGUCUGUGGAGAACCCCAGCACCAUCACUAAUGAGGUCAGAGUGAAGAUUUUGAGCAAACUGUCAGAAGAAACCAAAGGACCUCUUAUGAAGCUGCACAACUGCCUGAACGGAAAAACAAUUGAAGACUUUGUGACCAACCUGGAGCUAUCGGCAGAGGUUUGCGGAUUCAUGCUGAAAAAAGGAGACAAAAAGAAAGAGAGACAGGCUCUGUUCACACACCGCCAGGCUCUGACUGAGCAGCUGAAGCAGUCGGAGGACCCUGCUCUGGUUCUCCACCUGACCAGUGUGCUGCUGUUCCAGGCUAGCACCCACUGCAUGCUGCACGCUCCAGGGCGGUGUGUGCCUCAGAUCAUCGGCACACUCAUGGGACACAUCCCAACGGAGCAGCUUCAGCUGCUGACGACUUACCAGAGCCUGGUGGUGAAACAGCUUGUGAGUCAGAGUCAGGGCAGGAAGAAGCAGGAGGAUCAAGAUGAGGUGGAGGAUCAAGAUGAGGAAAAACGCAACCUCCGAGCCCAGCUCAUGACCCUGACGCCGGAGGUGAAGGCGCUGGUGCUGUCGCCGAGGAAGACGUCCAUCAAUGAGGACUGAGCGAUUCCUAGGGGAAAAACAAACAUGAAGGCUGAAUCGGAUCAAAGAUAUAUAUUUUUUGCUCUAAAAUAGUAACCACAAAUACUACUCCAAGGGUAGUUUGUAAAACAUACCUAUGGACAUAAGUCUAAUUUAUUAAUGUCAAGUCCUUGUGGGAUGUUUGUCUGUUUAAAAACAGGUGCAUCAUCAACAUCCUCAAUGAGGUUGUGACUUUUUCCUGCCGACAAUAAAAGCUAAUCUCAUCUUU